UUCCCGCCUCUCUUUAACGACAACUAUGGCUCAGUCACACUCCCAUGGCGGGAACCCAAACCUUCCACAACCUUCUCUUCUUGCAUUCAGUGUGAUUCCUUCUCCAGAUUUCCUAUCAUCUAAUGGCGCACUGUUGUUUUGCAUUGCUUUGAAUCAUCACCGCAAAAUUUCCAGAGCCAUCAGAGCCUGUGGGCUGCCUGUUGAGAUAAUAUGUGAAUUUAGGGCCGAUUAGUCCAGUUCGAAAAAUGAAGACAAUCAAUCCGCCUUGUGUCCUUACACGCGCUUCUAUGGAUCGCCUGGUACCAGAAAAACCACCAUUUCACUCGCGAUUUACCAUCAGCUAGGUCAAUUGUUACUGUUUUUGAGGCGCCCAAAACUUUACGAGUCCAGAGUUUUGGAGUUGAAUGUAAAUGGUGAUUACUGCAAGGUAAAUAUUGUUUGGACUGAGAUCAAAACCUUUUUGGUGUUGCAGUAGGCAAUGGCUAGCUUCAAUGGGUUAUCUUUGUUCAUUAGUCAAGAUAAUCAUUCUCGAUGAUGCUGGUUCAAUGACUGAAGCUACUCAGGUGUGUUUGAAGUCCAUUUUGGUUGCUUAGCCUCAAGUCGGAGUAGGCGGAGGGACGACUAAUAUGAAGAUUGGUGCUGAACGCGUGGCCGCUCUGUCUAUGUCUCGAUAUCCCAUUCCCAUCUGAGUGCUUUCCUUUCCCAACUAUGAGGAGAUAAUUCGAGUUCAAUUUUUAGAAUGAUGGAAACUGUGUCCAACCCAUGAUCGAUUGAAAAGAAGCAAAAUCGUCCCGAAUCAAUUAUGACAUUGGUUGGACACCAUUGCUUAUAGUAACGCUGGACCAAUGCAGUCUUUCUGUUUGAUAAAGACUAUUUCAGGACAUUCAAGCACGUGAGUGCAAGUGGUUGGUUCUGUAGCACUGUUGAUCAGAAUAUGCUCUCCGAACGUAGGAAAUGACAAAGAAAGUUUUACACGGACCCAAACUGGCUUGGGCUUGCAGACUCAAAUGGGCCACGGACAGAAAAAGCCCAAAAUUGACCAGGUCAACGAAAUGCAGUUGUAUUUUUCUUUUUUAAUUGCGAUCGGCUUGGUUGGGCUUGCAGACAAAUGGGCCACGGACAGAAAAAGCCCAAAUUUGACCAGACCCUCCCAUCUCUGUUCGUCAAUCCGCUUACUACGACAGUCCCACAGAUUUCACUCUCCGAACGUCAAUCAGUUUACUACGUCUCAGUUCCAACGUCUCUCUUCGUUCCUCAUGUCUCUUUCUUCGAAACCCCAAACCCCAAAUCCUCAUGUCUCUUUCGUUUACUACGUCUCAGAUCAUGUCUCUUGAUCACAUCCCUCCGAAACCCCAAACCCCAAUUCACUCCCCCCUACAAUCUUUUCCUGCUUCUCUCAUAAUACUGGAGCGGCCAUUAUCUCCUAUCUAAAGUUUUCCGCUCCGAAGAUGUUGACGGGCUGUGGAGACAUUCGAUUCCACCCCAAUUUCCGUGGCAUAGCUGCCAUCCUGACAUUGUUCGAUAGAAGAGGUUAGUUUCUGUCCUCGAUUACAGAUUUUGAUGACUCAGUUUGUUCUUUUUAUUUCAUCUGAGAAAACAAGAUUCUUAUUAUUGCUUGGGUUUUUGUGAGCUCUGUGAAUUUGGGUAUUGGAGUCUCUGUGGAAUGGAUUGGUGCCACAUGAAGGUAUCAAUGCCUCUGACUUGCUGCUGCGCUGGCAGGUUCUAUUGGAUGUGGCUUGUAUUACAAGCAUUAUAAAUCUAUUGAAGUGUGGGCAUGGUCUAGUCUAGUACAGUCAGAAUCCUUUCUCCUUAUGUCUUCAAGGGACAAACCUUCUCCACUUUGACUUAUAGGAGGUUCUAUUGGAUGUGGCAUGUAUUACCAGCAUUAUAAAUCUAUUGAAGUGUUGGCAAUUGGCAUGAUCUAGUGGGAGGAAGAUUCUCCACUUUUGACGUAUAGUAGUUUUUCGGUGGAGUAGUGCCUCGUGAUAAUGAAGAUCGUGAAAGGCAGACGUUGGCUUCUAUACGGAUCCAAAAAUAGACAUUGUGCUCUGAGAAAACAAUCUCUAUUGUUAGUAGCAGUAAGUUCCGGGAAGAGUAUCAUUGUCUCCCUUAUUCAAAGUUUCUACAACCACAUUUCAAAAUGUUCUAACGAAGUUGAGAUGAUUAAGGUAGCAGAUAGGGCUGGGAGCCAUGAACCUUCACUUUUUCCAAAGACCAUCUAGAAAAAAUAUUCUUUUGGUCGCUUGCCAGUUAUGGUGGAGGAAAGCUUCUUGACUUGCCAAUUCUCUCUGAAGGUUGCAGCAUGUGGCAGUCAGGAGAUAAUUCGAGUUCAAUUUUUAGAAUGAUGGAAACUGUGUCCAACCCAUGAUUGAUUGAAAAGCCAAAGGUUUUAAAGGAAGCUUCCGAUCAUAUUCAACCAAAGACAUCUUGCUUGUUUUUUAAAGGGUGAGCUGCCAGCAUGGUUUUCAGAUUCAUGACAAUGCUUUUGUAAGGAGGACACAUGUAGGGGAAGAGAACAAAGAAGCAAAAUCGUCCCGAAUCAAUUAUGACAUUGGUUGGACACCAUUGCUUAUAGUAACGCUGGACCAAUGCAGUCUUUCUGUUUGAUAAAGUAGGGUCAGACGGUUGAUCCGUGAAUAGUCGAGGUGCACGUAAGCUGUCCAGACAUACGGAUAUAAAAAAAAAAAGAGUUAACCCUACAUUCAAGAACGUGAGUGGUGCAAGUGGUUUGUCCGCAGCACGGUUGAUCAAAAGAUGGUUGAUCAAAAGAUACUCUCCAAACGUAGGUACAGGCUCCAAAUUAUUGACUUCCUUUAUAGAUUUCACUCUAUCACUUGAUAUUUUAAUAUCUUAUAAGUUUUGUUUGUUGUUUUGAUUGCAAAUCAUUCAUAAAACACAGUUAUAAUCUAUUAAAAUAUUUUAAAAUUAAAUCGUAUUAAAAAUAUAUUAAAUUUUAAAAUUAACGUUCCACUGCGUUGUGGAGGAUUGUCCCGAGGCUCCAGCCCAGUCCAGAAGGGGAAUCAUGACCACUCACUCUUAACUCUGCUGUUCCAAUAAUCUCAUUGUUUUCAAGAAAUGACAGAAGUUUUACACAGACCCAAACUGGCUUGGGCUUGCAGACUCAAAUGGGCCACGGACAGAAAAAGCCCAAAAUGACCAGAUCAACGAAAUGCAGUUGUAUUUUUCUUUUUAAAUUGUGAUCGGCUUGGUUGGGCUUGCAGACAAAUGGGCCACGGACAUAAAAAGCCCAAAUUCGACCAGAAUUCGGGACCUAACGAUGGUUGUUCGGUUCGUCACAUAAACGGGAGCAGAUGCGUUGGGCUCCGAAAGCAAGUGAUUGAAUAUGUGGGGGGUUCCRAAAGCACAUGCGGGAAAUCUUAGCCCAGAACUCGAUCUACGCCCCCCUCAAGAUUAGGGGUUUUGUUGUAGUUUGUGGCAUCUGGACCUCACCGUCCCUGAUGGUGUCUGCCACCGAGAACAAAACAACGACCGCCGUGAAUGUGGGCGUCCUUCUAGAUUUAAGUAGUUGGGUGGGAAAGAUGAGUUUGAGUUGCAUCGACAUGUCGGUCUCUGACUUCUAUGUUUCUCGUCCUCAACACAACACCACAAUUGUCCUUCACAUCAGAGACUCCAAGGGCGAUGUUGUGGGAGCUAUUGCUCAAGGCAUGGAGCUGAUACAGAAGAAUAAAGUAGAAGUGAUGUUGGGGGUGGAAAAUUGGUGGGAAGCAUACUUCAUUUCGAAGCUGGGUGAAAAAGCUGAGGUCCCAAUCAUCUCGUUUGCACCAAAAACCUCCACUCUCUCUUAUCUCAAAUCUCCAUACUUGUUCGGUAUAGCCCAGGAUGAGUCCUCCCAAGUUUACGCCAUUACCACCAUUGUUAAAAAUUUUGGUUGGAAGCAGAUUGUAGCUAUGUACCAGGACGAUGGGUUUGGAAACUGGAUCAUAGCUGAUCUCAUCCAGGCUUUGCAGGACAUAAACAUUCAUGUUCACCGAAGCAUGAUUGAGGCAGAUUCUUCUGGCGAUCAGAUCGGAGAAGAGCUUCAGAGAUUGAAAACAAUGUGGAUGAGAGUUGUGGUGGUUCACAUGGGGCACAUUCUGGCAACUCAUGUUUUCGACAAGGCGGAGGAAAUUGGGAUGAUGAGCGAAGGCUAUGCGUGGAUUCUGAGUAGCACCACAGCAAAUGUUCUAAGUAGUUUGAAUUCUUCAACUCUCAGCUCAAUGCAGGGAGUUUUGGGAGUAAAGGCCUACGUGCCGAGAACAUUGGAGCUUCAAAACUUCACCACUCGAUGGAGAAAGAAAUUCCGACAACAGAAUCCAACCGUCGAUGACCCGAAAUUAGAUGUUUAUGGAUUGUGGGCUUACGAUGCCGCUUGGGCGCUAGCCAUGGUGGUUGAGAGAAUCAAAAUGGAUCCCAAUUUGACUUCUGGGGUGUCUCAAAAUCAUCAAAAUGGUAAGAAAAUCAGGGAGUCACUGUGGAAGACGAAAUUCAAAGGGAUUAGUGGGGAGUUUAGGCUGGAUAAAGGCCAAUUAGAGUCCCCAACUUUGGAGAUAGUGAAUGUAAUGGGAGAUGGACAAAUAAUGAGGGUGGGAUAUUGGACGCCUGGAAUGAAUCUGACCAGAGAUUUGAAACUAAAAGGUAAAUUAAGUUCCAUAAUUUGGCCGGGGGACUCAACUACAGCUCCUACGGGAUGGAAUAGACAGAAGAAACUGAGGAUAGGAGUUCCAGUAAACAAUGUUUUCAUGCCUCUUGUCUUCAAGAAUAAUGGUUCAAUUUCCAUCUCUGGAUACUGCACAGAUAUCUUCGAAGCAGUUGUUGCAGAGCUUCCUUAUCCUCUUUCUUAUCAUUAUGUUCCCUUCUCAGCCGGCACCUACGAUGAAUUGAUCAUGCAAGUGUCUGUAGGGAUUUUUGAUGCUGCAGUUGGAGACAUAACAAUAUUAGCAAACAGAAGUUCGCUCGUGGACUUCACUUUGCCAUUCUCGGAAACUGGAAUUUCUGUGGUGGUUCCUGUAAGACAUAACUUGAGAAACCGUUCAUGGGUUUUCUUGAAGCCAUUGACUUUGGACCUCUGGAUCACGAGCUUUUGCUUCUUCAUCUUCAUUGCAUUCGUCGUUUGGAUUCUCGAGCACCGGAACAAUGAAGACUUUUCUCGCGGCUCUCCGUCUCACCAGAUCGGAACCAGUCUCUGGUUCUCCUUCAGCACCAUGGUCUUCGCACAGAGGGAGACAUUAGUAAGCAAUCUGGCGAGGUUGGUGGUAGUGAUAUGGUUCUUCGUGGUGUUCAUUCUAACUCAAAGUUACACAGCAACCUUAACGUCAUGGUUAACAGUUCAGCAGCUGCAACCGGUGACCGACAUUAAUCAGAUCAUAAAGAAUGAUUGGCAUGUUGGAUAUCAAAGAGACUCUUACGUUUACGACACAUUGAAGCUUUUAGGCAUUAAAAAUUUGGUACCCUAUGACUCAGUAGACCAACUGCACCAGCUCUUCACAAAAGGAAGCUGCAAUGGCGGCCUCGAUGCUGCCAUUGACGAGACCCCUUACAUGAAGCUCCUCCUUUCAACAUAUCCUGAUAACUAUACCUUGGGCGAUUCUCAAUAUAAUGGCRGCGGUUUUGGAUUUGCAUUCCGAAUAGGUUCACCUCUGGUAGAUGAUAUGUCGAAGGCAGUGUUGCGUGUGACUCAGAGUGAUAAAAUGAACAAAAUACAAGACAAGUGGUUUAAGAAGAAAAUCAGCCAACAAUCUUGCAUCGCCAACUCCUAUCAGUUAGCCUCUUCUUCAAGCCUUGACCUCAGUUACUUUUGGACCUUAUUCCUCAUCUCUGCUUCCACGGCUGUCUUCGCUCUCAUCCUCUAUUUCUUCCCAACACUCUCACUCGACUACUACACAAUAUGGCCAAGAAUCGCCACCACCUUCCACAUUUUCCGAUUCGAAUAUAGCCGUCGGGGGAGCAGGGUGGCGACGGUGGAUGCCUCUCCAACCACCACUGCCCCGUCCCGUCCUUCCAGCAAUUCGGAACAUGGUAAUCAAGCAUCUUUAGAGAUAAUACACCGUCAUUGAAAUCAUUACAUACUUUGUCUUAAAAACUCUUCAAGUUAUUUCACUUUUGGUCGCAUGAAUCUUUCUAAUGUCUGAUUCUUUAUAUAAAGAGACUAUGAUUCUUUUUUCGCAUUAAAA